CAAAGAAGGCUGUGGGCAGAAGUUGCUCCUCACUGUCUGCACUUUCUUUGGGGACUCUCCUGGAGAGUCCUUGCAGCACUCCCAGGGCAACGUGAAGAAGAUGCAGACAAAAGAGAAGGAGGACUGUGAAAACCUCAGCAACUUGAACUCCCAGAUCACCAUGACUGAGAGCACAGAAAGCAUGGUGAGAAACAUCAACGUGUGUCGGAGCGUGGUGAUUGAGAUCAUGAACAAGACCAGGAAUGUGGUGCUCCAAGACUUCAGGAGUUACUGCUUCAGUGGCCGGGUCAACAGCCCUCUCCCAUUCGAGAUCGGCCCAGGCUCCAGGGGAAAAUGUGCAUUUGCAAAGACUCCAUACAGUCUCCGUGGCAGUGUGGGAGUCCUGGUGUGCAAGCUCAACUCUUCUGUCCUGGCCAUCAUGUUCUCCAACCCCUUCGACUAUGUCCUUUAUCACAUUGAAUUUGCCCUGGAAAUCUUCACAGCGGAUAAUCACCUGGGAAGCCUCCACAAUGUCUAUUCCAACAUGAUGAGGAACAAAACUUACAGCACCUCCACGCUCUUCCAGCGAGGCAAUGCAGACUCUGAACAUGAAACCCUGGAGGUCUCCAAGGGGACCAUUCGUGUCAGAGCCAAGAUGUCCAACAAUGAGAAAGCAGUCAUGAAAGUUCAGAUAGAGGAUAUAGACCCCCCACCUUACCAAAAAAAUGCAUAAGUGAGGAUUGGUGUAAUUGGCAUAGCCAGCUUCCGGCAUGAGCUAUUCUUCGAUAACACUGUUAGGGAUCUCACUGAUUUGUCCCAUCUCUGGUUGGUCAGUGGUCAUCAGUGCUAACUGGUGGUGACAGAUCCAGCGGUAAAUGGACAAAGACUACUAGGAAGAAGUCCAGCCUGUCUCCUCCGGACUGAUACGUGCCUAGCCAGCAAAGACCCUUCUGGUGUCUCCUGAGCAUCGUGACCUUGCUAAUAAGCUAAUAAUGCUUAGCAGCUUAAGUCCUAACUAAUGUUUGUGUUAGCUAAUAAAUGUUUUUUAUCCUUGU